AUGGGUUGUGCAAGCAGUUCACCACUAAUCAACGGUGGCGGUCCGGGAGGAAUUGUGGCAACGGCCAAAGAAACUGCCAGCAAAGCAGCCACCGAAGUUCUGCAAGCAGGGGAAACCGCUAUACAUGAAGCCGGAGAGCACGUAAAAGGAGCUGUACAAAAUGUGACAAACGAAAUUACCGGCGUGCUGGGAGGUGUCAAAAAGAGUGCCGAUCACAUCAAUGAAAAAGAUCUUUCACAGACCAACGGUCAAAACGGAGACAGUGCGGAUUACAAGAUCAUCCCGUUAAAAGACACGAAGCAGAGUAGCGUGGAUGAAAGCCUGGAAAAUUUUAAAAACAAUUUACUAAAAAAGGCUCAAAGUUUUAGCGACGAUACUGACAAGAUGGCCGAUGAUAUUAUCAAAGAAACGGAAGACCUUAUUCGGGACGCGGAAACGGGAAUUGUCGACUGUAGUACAGAAAUGACAACAAGAAUUACAUCCCUGGAAGAUGGAACCAUAGAGAUCCUCAACCUGGAAGGUAACCAAACUCACUCCCCGACUCAUUCUAUUGAUAGCUUGAAAACCUCUUCACCAGAGCCAGAAAUCGAACGAAUACUGGACAACGAGCCCAAAUGUCCACCAACACCGGAAGCCACACUGAACAGCAUGCUAUCGUCGGACGGUACGGCUACCGUGUCCGAAAAUGUCGACUCUGCGGCAACCACAAUCGAAAAGGACAGCCAAGUGUCCGACCCAGGGCAGGUGGAAGCCGAUGGAAAACGGGACGCGUGA